AUGUUCAUUUUGAUUCCUUUGCUUUUGAAUUUCGCUUGGUCGAAUUUUAUGGGAAAGGUAGUAGAUAGAGGCGUUGGAAUCGGCAUGCAAAAUCAGAAUAACUUCCGAAGAACAGAUGCGAGAAAAGCAGAGAAAUUCUACGGCGGUCGAGGAAACGGACUUCCAGACCAGUAUCGACCGGAAAGAAUUCUCAAUAUUUCGAUUUCUUUGCCUCGUGAUUUUCGAGUAGACGGAUUUAUCACGACCCAGAGACUCAGAGAUCCUCGAGAGAUAUUUCGCUUUGGAGUUGAAGCGAAAUUGAAGGGCAAUGGCAAUUUUACCGUGUUGAUUCUGUUUGUCGAUCCCAUCGACAGGUAUCUCCAAGAGUACUCCCGAACAGAAGCCCCUCAGUCCUGUCUGCUAGACAAAACCGACUACGAAGCCGGCGAAGACCAGUCGAUUUUGCCCCGCGAUUGCCCGGAUCGAACGAGUAGCGGGAAGCUCUUCGAUCGAUGUGGUUGGCGACUUUCAAAAUUUAAACGAGCGUGGUCCUGUUCGCGAAACCAGAACAACGAAAUGCCAUGUUUUUUGCUCAUUGCUGAAACGCAGUUCAACUCUAUUGCACAAGACAUUUGCAAUGAUCCUGAUCGGCAUGACCCUGUUACUUCCCUUUUGGUCUUCUGCAUUUCUUCCAAUUAUGCAAUGGGCAUUUUCCGACUACCUCCAAUCAAACGGAGUAACUGUAUUUUAAAAACAACAGAGAGCAAUAAGAAUUGCACGUCCAUCAGUAGAAGAGAUGACUCUAAGAAGGAAGAUCUGGAAAGCAGCUUACCCAUGAUUCAGUUGCCUCAAUUCGUCGGAUAUCGACUUCGACUGCGCCGAUCGAUCGUUGAAACACAAUUGCCAAUAUCGCCGUGGAUAAUUGCUUUGCUGAUCUUCACCUACUUGCUUGUUCUUGGAGUCAUCUUCUUUGCAGUACCUUUUCUUAGUGAAAAAGCGAUGCUGCAGCAAAGUGUAAAAUAUACAGCCUACUCCACUUCCUACUUCAACAGCAAAAAAUCCGAAAGCUGCGAAGAAGGAAAAGUCCGAUUCAUCUGUCCCCGCCAAAACGAACCAAGAGAAUAUUUAUAUUGCUGCACAGUCGCUGAAAACCAAUAUACUUGCUGCGCGGAUGAAACGAAAUCCCGUUAUUUUAAAAAUUCAAGCGAAACAGUUCCCGAAGAUGUCGAGCAGAAUAAAACUUCCAUAACAGGGGCGCUGUGGCAAGCUGUCAUCAUUUUGUACAUCUUUAUUGUUUUCCUCAUUAUGCUGGCCGAUUUCUUCAGCCAUAUGCGACUGAAAAACAAGAAGAGCGCGCAUAAACCUUCGCCGAGACAGAUGAGCGCAGAAUCCUGA